AUCAAUGGGAAUCCUAUUACCUCCGGUUUCGCAAGUGACCAACACACGUAUCAACAUGACGCAACAUCACCGGAACCGAAGUUUGGACAGUGCCCUGCAGCGAAUACCGGAGGUUGAAGUGUCCUCACCGAGUGCCGAAUCGGAAAACACGCUGCACUGCACGAACGCGAUCCUGAGCGGCACGAUGUGCAGUAAAAUCAUCCAAGCUUCGUCCACCAAUCCGACCAAUACGCCCAACAUUACCUGCAGGGGACCGACCAGUGUGGCCAGCCAGGGUGGCGUUUCGGCGACCGGUUCCGUAUCGGGUGACGGUAGUAGUAGUGCAACGGGUGAUAGGAUGAGCGUUACAACCGCCUGCAGCCGGCAGCAGCUUAGUGGAAAGCUCGAAGCACUGGAGCAAGGAACCGCCACGCUGCGAACACUCAAGGGCGAUCACUCGGUAGAUCCGGAAGGCUUGGCGAGGUCAAAGGAUAGUGAUAGCAAAAAGCGUGAGGAUCUGACGAGCCUCGGGUCGGACGAUUCCGGUAUCAUCUGCGGCUCGGAACCGGACCAUACCUCACUGACGCGCAUCCGGCGGUCCAGGGAGAGCCUCGAUUCGGGCGAAAUUGAUCCGUCCGAAGAGGAGUGCAUCGAAAUACUGGAAACCACCUCGAUGGAUGAAGAGUACCGCAUGCUACAGUCGGACCUGUGCUUCUACCCGACGAGCAUGCUGGCCGCGGAGGCACCGAUUGACGCGGGCGAAGCGAAAGACGGUGACGCGCAGGCUGAUCAGUCGGCGGCGGCCUCAGUUAGCGACAAGGUGCGCUACCGGCAACGGAACAUGACCCGGGCCGCGAUCAUGCUCGAAACACUGUGCGUACCGAUCGACUUCGAGGAUGGCGUCGAGCAGCAGCAGCAGCAGCAGCAGGGUGAUGGCAGCAGCAGAUGCAGUGAUGACGACGACGCUCCGACGCCAACCGUCGGCGAAGGUAAAUCCUUAACAACGCCCACCAAUGCCUUGACGCCCGCUUUGCCCGCCACCACCAGUGGAACAAUUGUGCCAACCGCAGCAUGCGAAAGCGCCACCGUAGCGGACAGUGGCACCGGAACCGGACAUCAACGAUCUUCCCAAAACGAUCAGCAGCAGCAGCAGCAGCACGGUAAAGCGGACCAAAAGAACGAGGUGAUCUUUCGGAACUUUUUCGGGGCCACCAAGAACGCCAUCUUCCGGACGGCUCAGAGCAUCAUCGAUAAUCACGAAAAGAAGCACGCGAAAAACCGAGAAAAGCAAUCCCUGGUGGCCGUAACAGACGAUGGUACGGGGCCGGUACCGGCAGCGAGUCCGGCAGCCGCCAGUGCGCCGGCGACGGUAAAGUCCCCGACGGAGAUCUCUCGAAAGCGCGAGUUUGGGAGCAUGUUUGGAUCGCGCAGCAGUAAGCAGCAGAGUAUCAGCACGUCGGCGGCAGCGGCGGCCGUAACCUCCGCAACCCCGGCCGUGGUGGAGGUCACCAUCGAAGCACCGGUUUGCGCGCCGACAGAGCCACAGGCACCGGCAUGUGAUAGAAACGGCGCGGCGGGCAGUGGGCUGCUGGUGGGAUCGAAAGGGUCACUCUCGAAGUCAUCGUCCAGCGCAUCGUUGAAGCUCGUGCCCGGAGUGGCCGUGGCCACUGGUGGUGCUGUUGGUGUUGGCUGUCCAUCGAACGGAGGUUGUAGUCCACGGGAUGAGUCACAGAUACGCACCGAGCGCACAGGACAGUCCGGGCUGCUAAGGUUCUUCGAGUCACCCGUCUUCAACAUCCACUUUGCCGUCCACUAUCUGUUCUACUCGAAGGAACCGGGCGUGCUGAGCUUCAUCGGCAACAAGAUCUUCAGCUUCCCGAACGGGGACGUCGAUCUGUACAUUCCGCAGCUGAUGGUAAUGUACAUGCAGAUCGAGGAGCUGUCGGAGGUGCUGGAUCCGUACCUCGUGUACCGGUGCCGUCAGUCGGUCGACUUUUCGCUCAAGUGCGUCUGGCUGCUGGAGGCGUACAACUUCAACAUGGAAAUGCUUAGCGCCGGUGGCAGCAGCAUGCGCAAACAUCUGACCCUUCUGCGCGAACUGUACCCCAAGCGGGAGCGCGUCAAGACGAUGUUAGGCUCGCAUCAUCGGAACGGACUAAAGACGGACGAAGGCGAUCAACACGCGGACGCAACGACGACGACGACAACAGCGUCGUUGGCUGUCAACCACUCGCUGUCGGUGGUACGGAAAACACACCACCGAUCGCAAUCCGAUGCGACCGGUAUGAUGGGCAUCACGGGUAUGACCGUGAAUCCGAAGCUACUUUACAGUCAACCCGGACCGGCAGGUGGCACGGUGGCGGCCCCCAGCGGUAGUACGCACCACAGCCAGCAUCUGCUGCAUGCGCACGCGCAAACCUUCCAUCCCGCGAUCAGCAGCAACCGGCCGGUGUGCCUGGGUGAUCUGAGUACGGGCCGUGCCUUCGACAAUGGGUGCGUUUGCUUCGAGUCGGUUCGCGGCACGGUCAACGAUCUGCUCGGCCAGCAAACGGUCUGUUCGUGUGGCGCCCCGAAGCUGGCGCCCGAGAAGGAGUUUAUGAAGUCCCUGAUCGACAUCGGCAAGAUGCUGACCUGCCUGCAGACGAAGAUCGAAAAGACGAGCCGGCUGCGGAUACUGCUGAAUCUGAUCAACAAGAAUCUGCCCGCCCGGGUCUGGUUGCCGUUGCACUCGGAGACACCGCACCACGUGGUGCGCAUCACGGAGGAGAAAACGGCCGUCCUCAACUCGAAGGACAAAACACCGUACAUCAUCUACGUGGAGGUGGUGGAGGUGAACGACAUCUACACCUCGCCCGUCAUCCCGAAGCUGAUGCCGACGCUGCGGCACACCAAAAGCGAGGAGCGGCUGGACAGUAGUAGUAGUGGUGGCGGCCUGGGUGCUGCUGCCACAGCUGCUGCCGUUGCUGCGCCCUCCAGUAACACACCCGGCGAACCCUCGAAGACUGAUAGCCCAACAGCAAACGAGCCGACGGUGGCCGUCCCCGCGGCGCGGCAUACCACAGAAAACCAUGCUGCCAAUGGCGGCAGCAUGAUGAUGGAGCUCGGCCUCACGGAGGACGACGUAUGGUCGCAGGAGGACGACGAGAUUACGGCCCAGUAUCUGAGCCUAACGAAAAUGUCCACCGAUCGGGACACAAUUUCCCAGUUUUCCGUCGAUUCGUACGACUCCCGGGAGCACAGCACCCCAACGCUGUUCAACAUUGGUGAGGUAAAGAAGCGUCACUGUGCCAAUCUCAACUCGGAAAAUGCGAAACCGUUCAGCAACGAUCCGUCGGAUCCGUCGGCGGCGGCCCUCAAGGAACCGUGGCACGAGAAAGAGAAACAGAUCCGCGACUCGUCCCCGUACGGUCAUCUGCAGAACUGGAAGCUGCUUUCGGCGAUCGUCAAGUGUGGGGACGAUCUGCGCCAGGAGCUGAUGGCCACACAGCUGCUGCAGAUGUUUAAGCUGAUCUGGGACGAAGAGAAGGUGGACCUGUGGGUACGCCCGUACCGGAUCGUUUGCCUUUCGAACGAUUCGGGGCUGAUCGAGACGAUCGUCAACACCGUGUCGCUGCACCAGAUUAAAAAGAAUUCCAACAAAAGCCUGAAGGACUACUUCGUCGACGAGUACGGUGCGCCCGAAACGGCCCCGUUCCGGCGGGCCCAGCGCAACUUUAUGCAGUCCUGUGCGGCGUACUGUCUGAUUUCGUAUCUGCUGCAGGUUAAGGAUCGACACAAUGGAAACAUUCUGCUGCACUCGGACGGGCACCUGAUUCACAUCGAUUUUGGAUUCAUACUGAGCAUAUCGCCAAAAAAUCUAGGUUUUGAGCAGUCACCAUUCAAGCUGACUCCGGAGUUUGUCGACGUGAUGGGUGGCCCUGAAUCGGAGCUUUACGCCGAGUUCAAGUAUCUGCUCCUCGACGGCCUGAAGGCGGCCCGCAAGCACAUGGACCGAAUCAUCAACAUUGUCGAAAUUAUGCGCAGCAGUUCGCAGUUGCCCUGCUUCAAGAACGGUUGCUCCGGCACGGUACGCAAUCUGCGGAACCGCUUCCACAUGAACCUGACCGAGCAGGAGCUGGACCGGAAGGUGGAGCAGCUGAUCCAGGAUUCGCUCAACUCGCUCUCUACCAAGCUGUACGAUGGCUACCAGUACAUCACGAACGGCAUUUUGUGAGAGCGAUUCUACAUGAAAAUCUGAACUCCGACGGCAGACAACGAUCACGGCAGCAGCAUGUUAUGGAUGUGUCACGAUUGAAAUCGGAAUCGGAUUGUAGGUGUGUGUGCGCGUGUGUGUGUGUGUGAAACAAAAAGUGGCAACAAGAGUACAAAUUGUGAACGCGAGUGGGACGCGGACUGGGAUGGAAAAAGUUUCGGAUGGCCACUACUACACCGCCCCACCACCACUGCCAGACUUUGAGUUGGGUUUUUUUCGGUGUCGCUGAGAAUUUCUUUGUCCUUUCAUAUCAUAUUUAUUAACACGCGGGGUUUGUAUUUUUCGCCGGAUCAUCUUUUAUUACCAUUCGUCGCCUUUUUGGUAUGAGAAUUUUGCGCGAGCAAAAAAAAGGGGGACCGGCAGUGUUCCGGUCGCGGCGUCUCCCGAUUCGUUUAGCAAUAAAUGGCAGAAAAUCUCAUUUCUGUCACCCUAAGGUCACCCACAUUCUUUGGGGCCCAAUCCAGCAGUUGUUUGGGUCCUUUUUUGUAAAUAAAACUAUUCUUUGUACAUACUCUGCUUGCGCGCGGGUUGACACUCAGCGAAGAGAGCAGGAAAGAAAAUCAAAAACCCGUUCCCUCGUGACAGAGGAAACCUGUGACGAGGAAUCCGAUUGCGAAAUGCGGCAAAGUGAGGUCCUAGCUUAAGCAAUCGACGACGAUCGAUCGAUCGUGAUCGACGAAUACACUCAAAAGUCGGAACACGCAAUACUACUGACGCGCGGGAAGCGAAUGAAACAAAAAAAAAACAAAAUAGAUAGCUUUUGUAAGAGGAAAAUCAACCGUUUAAAUCUGCAAACAAGAACAACUGUUGAACAUUUCAUCUCAUUAUAUUGAUAUAGAGCUAGCUCUGGAGGGCGUCCACAGCCUCGUGGGCAUGUAAAGUGUGUAAUAUAAAAAUUCUGAUUACUUCUGGCACCCAACACCUCUCAUCUCACGGUGGCCGGAGGCAACAAAUCACGGAGCGCCACUAAAACGGGACGCCUUGCUUGUUUGUUACACGUUACGUUUGUCAGGGGCUAACCAAGUUCUAUCUUUCUGCCGCCAACCGGCCGAUCGCGCAUGUAUACCGUUUUUCGCCCCGUUCUCGCAUAGAAUUAGCAAGUAAUGCACGAGUAAACCGGAACCAGAACUGUUACACGAGAAAAUGACACAACAGAAUGGCAGAAGCUUUGAGCUUUUCACAAUCCAUUGUAAAGAGAGAGAAAGUAGCUAAGGGAAUAACUAAUUAAGACAGCAAAAAAGUGAAGAGAGAGCGCGAGAGAGAACCUAGAGAACGGGGCAAUGUGUGUGUGUCGUGUGACUGUGUUGUAUAUUUUUAACGGAAAAACACUUCCUAGCGUUCAUCCGUGUUCGGAAGAUCCUGAUCUAGAUCCUUGACCUUCGGGCAGAAAAAAACAAACUCUUCUCUUUCUCUGCACUCUCUUCGCAUCUCGUCGCUUUACUUGUUCCGUUUUCUGUCUUUCAAAACUUUGGCUCAAAGGCUACUUCGGUUCGGCGUAAUAAAAGUGAUUCGAGAAAAUCGACACAAAACACAAUACUCAGUCCACCGGCCGGCGCGAAAGAGACCCAGAGGGAAAGAAAGAGCGAGAGAGCGAGUGAGAAAUGGGAGCAUCCUUGGAUUAGUGUGGCAAGGGUUUUGUAAACAUUUAUAAUUAACUAGCGUAAAAGCCAACGUUUACACCAUGUGCUAUAAAGAAUAUACAACACAUACUUCUGAUAGACGUUCCGGGUUCCGACUACGACGGGCGACUGGGUAAUAUAAUUUGCGCCAAUUUGCGUCCCUCAAUGGUGUGGUGACGGCUCUUUCCGUUUCGCCUCCAUUUAAGUGUAAACCCAAACCCUACACUUCUGAAGCGUCCACAACUCGGGCAAGAUUGCCGGCACUCACUACUGUACAGAUCUGCAUGAGUAUCAACAAAAAAGGAAGGUAAAGAACACACUACACAAACGUAUAUUGUAACUGUAUGAUAUGUGGGGUUGUAGGAAUAUAGGCAAAGCACCGAUCGCGCACGGACGAUCAUCAACCGGAGCGUAAAGCGUGAUUGUGAGAUUCAGCUAAGAUUACUGUAAUUAUUAUGAUUAAAUUACUACUACUGCUACUACUACUACUACUACUACUACCAUUAUUAUUAUUAUUAUUAUUAUACAUCUAUUGCUACUCUAAUAAUGAUAAUGAUGAUCGCCAUAACCGAUCGUAGGCGCAUGUGAGGUGAACCGGCAGCAACCGGAACUGGGAGUAAAACCACAAGGGAGAGCUAACGAGAUAUACAGACACAAACUCCGACAGACACAAACACCUACACACACUCUAGAUAAGAUAGAUAAUGUGUACGCGCGCACGGGGAAGGAGCGAACGAGCGCGGGGAGAGCAAAU